AAUUUAAAUUUAAUUCGACUUUUUUGGGGUGCUUGCCCAUUCAAUUCAAAUUCACAUUCAUAAUUUGAAAUUCUGCCAAUUCUUAAAUUCAAAAUUUUGCACUGGUAUGCAUUCCAGCAUCCUAAGCCCAUCAUAUCUCAACGGUAGGGUGGUUUGCAUUAGGUUUGUUGCCGUUUGCAUCCACAGUUGACAAACUGGGAUUCACGACCUUCCUCUUGACCUUUACAAAGUGAAUGAUUAAGCAAAGCUCCAAUAAUGAGCAGUUAAUCAGUAAAGAUCAGUAUAAAGACCUCACCUGUAUCUGUGUGUUUACCCAUUGGUGUAUCAGGGCACACACACGAGUCCAUCCUCAUUAUGAGCUGUUUGCUCAGGUGCUGGUCUAAUAGUGUGUAUGAGUGCCCUCUGGGAUCAGAUGACGGCAUGUGUGCGAGUCUGUGUGUAAUGCACCUGUAGUUUUAUAAUAAUUGAGCUUAUAUGUCCAGUUUCCACCACCCCCCUUUAUUUUCUGUCUCUGUGCAGUGCACUAUCAAGAGUGUCAGCCAGCCUUCUUAGUAUUCACAUCCCCACUCGCUGACUUACUGCACAAGCCAGAGACAACAAAGGAGAGAGAGAGAGAGAGAGAGGAGGGAAAAGGAACAAACAGGAAGACAAAAUAAAAGAUAGCAAUUUUUCUAGCCCCUAGCUCAAGCAUGCAUAGUGUGUGUGCUAGUAAAUGGCUUUAGAUAAUUCAUUUUUGAUGCCUCCUUUCUUCUCUAGCCUUUUUUUAAAUGUUCGAUUCACCCCUGCAGCAUGGCUUUCCUCCAUCGGAAAGGCUGCCAUAAGCGCCGCUGUUGUCUGAGGCGAACCGAAUUGCUUACAUACCGAAGAUGUUCAAUUUUGAAUUCUUUAUGAGGCGCAUUUCAACCCGACAAUGACAUGUUUUGAAAUUGGCCUAGUUGUGCUUAAUAAGACUGCGGCUUGUGUUGGUCUCUCUCUCUUUGUUAAUUUCUCUGUCUCUAUUAUUCUUCCUUCCAGUCUUUUCUCAGUGUCACUCCAUGUCUCCUCAUCCCUCUGUCAGUUUGAGUUUAAUCUCCCCCUCCUCCUCCUCCUUCUGAUUCUUUCGCUCUGUCGCUCUCCAUUCCAUCUCUUCCAAAUGCACAUACUUUUUUCUCAUAUCUCCCCAAACUAUUAAGAAAAUCAUUGAGUAACAAAUAUUUUUUGCAACAGAAAGACUUAAAGGAGAGCCUCAGGGAGGUGCAGAGAGGAUGUUAAUCCCCUUACAAGUUCACCAUCACAAGGGUCGAAAAGGGGGGUGAGAAGAGGAGUGAGAGAAGUGACCACCACUAUCGUGACUGCCAUAAACAGACUGAUUAUGAGAGUGUAAGAGAUGGAGGGAAACAUUGAGAGAGAGAGUGUGGCAAUGCUUCCAUGCUUUCCACUCUGCAGGAUGACAAGCGGCUGCUGCCUCUCCAAUUGGUUGGGACUGCCACCAAUCAGAGCACAGACAGGGAAGGUGCCUUUAGGUUAUACCCAACCCCAAAAACAAGAAGCGGGGAGAGAGGGAGAUAGAGAGAAGAGAAAGAGAGAGAGAGAGAGAGAGAGAGAGAGAGCGCAGCACAGACCGGCUUGACUAUGCUACUGAUGCAUUUCUUCAUGGUAUCUGAGAAAUGUUCCUGUUGAAGGGAAACUGUUCAUAUUCUGUCUGCUGUAAAGAAGCACAGUGUGUCCCAGUGCACCUACAGGGUUUUCGGCUCAUUCACUGACCAGGGCUCUGGCAUUUCUGACCCCCCCCCCACCCAACCCCGGUCUCGGGACCCUCCCCCACGUUGCCCUCUGACUCACCUGAGAGAAGACAGCAGAAGACCUGCAGAUCCCUCCCCUCACAAUACUGCUUGUUCACCUGGAGAGAGAGGACAUACAAGAUACAGGAUGGACAACAGAUAUGCUCUCUCUCACGCUGCACUGGCUGCUUGACUCACUUCUGGUUUGGAAGAGAGACGCAGAGAGGAGUGCGAAGAAGAACUUGUGCUCCCCUGGAUUAGAAUUCGAGGAAAGCUGGUCCUGAUCACAGGAAUAAGGCUUUUAGGAUGAUCUUGGGUAGCAUCAACCGAACAGGGGCUGUCCCUACAUUUCUGCGGACCCCCACAGUCAUCCAGCCUCAUCUGGAUAUGAAGCACUUUUUACAGUUUCCAAUGGAGACUCCUCCUCCACACAGUGUUGGGCUCUUCCACAACUUCAACGCGAUGGAUCCUGUUCAGAAGGCAGUGAUCAACCACACCUUUGGAGUCCCACUGGUGAAGACCAAACGGCCAAUCAUUUCCUGUAAUGUCUGCCAGAUCCGUUUCAACUCGGAGAGUCAGGCAGAAGCCCACUACAAGGGGAACCGUCAUGCUAGGAGAAUCAAAGGCAUUGAGACCUCCAAGAGCCGCCCACAAGAGAGUGACAAACCUCCUCCCGGUCCCGUCUCGUCACCCUCACCUACUGGACCCUUACCGGCCAUCUCUGAUACCGACCCCAGCAAAACAGAUGAGACACGGUCAGCUCCACAGUUAAAUGGACCUGUGGUGGCCCCAGAGCCCAUGGCCAUUUCUGCUCCCCCUACCCCAGAAUCCCCCGGUCCUUCUGCCUGUCCUCUUCUGCCCACCCCCACUACCCCUCAACCACCUCCGGCCACCUCCUCAUCUCCUUGCUGUGGCUCUUCUAACCCAGAGCAGACUGGCACCGGGGCCCCUGGGGCACCAUCAGUCACUCCCAGCAACCCUGAGACCGAAGAGGACAAAGCCAAGAAGCUGCUGUACUGCUCACUGUGCAAAGUGGCCGUCAAUUCACUCUCCCAGUUGGAGGCCCACAAUAAAGGCACUAAACACAAAACCAUUCUGGAAGCCCGCAGCGGACUGGGCCCCAUUAAGGCAUACCCUCGUUUGGGUCCGAAGCCCAGCGGGGAGCAGGGAGGCGGGGCCACAGACCCCAAUACUCAGGAACGCACCUUCCACUGUGAGAUCUGCAACGUGCGGGUCAACUCAGAACUGCAGCUUAAACAGCACAUAUCAAGUCGAAGGCACCGGGACGGUGUGGCAGGAAAGCCAAACCCCCUCCUGAGCCGACACAAGAAGCACAGGGGAGCUGAGCUUGCGGAUCUCACCAAAGCGUUAGGCGCCGGCCUCUUGCCGAGUCCUCUGGCCAUUGCUGCAGCAAUGGCAGCAGCGGCCUCCUCCAAUCCGCUGGCUCUCCGCGCAGCAGCCCCCACCCACCAUCCACAUCAUCACCUCCUGCAGGGUCCGCCCCUCAGCCACGCCAUCUUGAGACCAGCUCCAGGGCCCAUACGCACCUCACAUGGGCCUAUUCUGUUCUCACCGUACUGACUCCGCCUUCACCUCCCCCCUCCCCCUUAGCCAAUCACAGCCAGUCUGGAGCCUCACCUCCAAAAGCACACUGUGAAGAUGAAAAAAUUGUGAAACACCACAGCAAUGACAAAAAUCGGCCCAUCAACAAUAACAUCAAUCAUUAAAUCAAGCAGAAGGGGGUGCAUCCAUGAAGGAGGGUGUGACUGGCGUUCCAACCCUCUUUCCAUCUCCUUUAACUGCCUCCUCCAUCUCUGUUUGUUUGGAUCAAGUGAUUUAUGAAUGGUCAAAUGUAGGGAUUGUUGGAAUAGAGCAAUAUUGUAUGCUGAGAGCAUCUGACGUCCUUGUACCUUCCCUCUAUUUAUACUCGUACUGUGAGGUAGCAGCAGUCACAUGGUAGCCAGACAUGCUGGAAUGAGUUAGGCAACUUUCUAGACACCCAAAACACACAACCCAACACACAAAGACUACAGUUAAAUGUUGUUCUGAAAAUGCACCCUUAACCCUAUGCACCUUGAGAAACCAUCAGUAUGCUUCUCAAAGUAUUCGCUGUAUUCAACUUGUCCUGUCUGGCUUUGGCAUCUUUGCAAGAGGAAAUGGCCUCAAUCUCCAUUGCAGUUCCACCAUCUCAAGAUUCAGAGCAGGGGAUUGUGGAGAAGGUCUAAGGAUGCCCAACACUUUCCGAAUGCUGGCUCGAAGAUUAGACGGCGGCAGCGGCGAAAAGCCCGACUUCAUACAGUCGAAUUUCUCUAGGGAAACGGAGGGAUUCAGAAUAGAUACUCAAGAUUCCUUUUUACUCAGAAUCAGACUCCUUUGUGUCACUUUUACAUCCGUUAGCGCUAGGAGCGGUUGACUGAAAAACCUCAGACCCCUUAGAUCUUAGAAAAUCAGUAGACAUCUAUUUAUUCUAUUGUGUAGCAUAGUUUAGUUCAGAACAUCCAAGCCGGUUGACUUUAGAAAAUAUUCAGAAGUGAAAUACUGUAUGUACGUAGAGGAUUAUGUAACUGCUGAUAGAUCCUGAAAUGACAUGGACGGGUACUUUGAAUCUCAGAGAAAGUAAACAAACCUAAGCACACUCUUGGACUUACAGUACAUACAGGCUCCUCUGUUCAUUCUGUCUCUGUAUGUUCGGUGGACAUUAUGCAACCCCAAGCAAUACGGCCCCCCUUCUGUCCGACUUCCGCAUUCAGUCUCACAAGACAGCGUGCAUCCCGCAAGGACUGACACCACAGGUCAGCCACUCCAGCGGACGCCCAAGAGACUACAAAAAUGAACAGAGAGAAGAUGCUGA